AUGGCUAAUGACGAAUAUGAUUUCUGCUUAGUGGUGCUGAUUGGAGACUCGGGCGUCGGAAAGUCCAACCUGCUCAGUCGAUUCACCCGAAACGAGUUCAACCUGGACUCCAAGUCGACCAUCGGCGUCGAGUUCGCUACGCGGUCGAUCCAGGUCGACUCCAAGACGAUCAAGGCACAGAUUUGGGAUACUGCUGGGCAAGAGCGAUACCGCGCGAUUACGUCUGCCUACUACCGAGGUGCCGUCGGUGCUCUUCUUGUCUACGACAUUAGCAAGCAUCAGACCUACGAGAACGUCACGAGAUGGUUGAAGGAGUUGCGGGAUCAUGCCGAUGCUAAUAUUGUCAUCAUGCUGGUGGGAAAUAAGAGCGAUUUGCGACAUCUACGCGCAGUUCCCACAGAGGAGGCAAAGGCAUUUGCCAGCGAAAACCACCUUUCCUUCAUAGAAACUUCAGCACUCGACGCCAGCAAUGUCGAGCUGGCCUUCCAGAACAUUCUCACUGAAAUCUACCGAAUUGUCUCGAGCAAGGCGCUGGAUAGCGGGGACGGUGCUCAAGCGACAAUUGGAGCAGGUACUAACAUCUCAUUGAGCAAGCCAGCAGACGAUAGUGCAGCCAAGGGAGGCAAGUGCUGUUGA